AUGCCGCCAAAGAACAAGGGUGGAAAGGUCGCAAAGCUCGCCCUGCCCGACGGCGACAAGGGCUAUCCGGGUGGGAAGAUGAUCCUCCGCUUCGACGACACCAACACCGAGAAGGAGAAAGAGGAAUACCAAGAUGCCAUACUUGAGGACGUCGGCCUGCUGGGCAUCAAGCCUGACCAGAUCUCGUACACUAGCGACUACUUUGACGAGAUCGAGAAACAGUGCGUCGAGAUCAUCAAGGCAGGGAAAGCAUUCGCGGAUGACACACCAGGAGAUGUCAUGAGCAAGAUGAGAAUGGAUCGCGAGCCAAGCGUACACCGAGAUGAUAGUGUUGAGGACAACCUGAAGAGAUUUGACGAGAUGAGGCAAGGCACGGACGAGGGUCGCAGAUGGUGUAUACGAGCCAAAAUCUCAUACGCCAACGACAAUGCCUCAUUGCGCGAUCCCGUCAUCUUCCGUUGUCCAAAAUCUCAGAACCCACAUCACCGGACGGGAACCAAGUACAAGGCAUAUCCAACAUAUCAGUUUGCUUGUCCAGUCGUUGACUCAAUCGAGGGCGUCACACAUGCUCUUCGGACCACUGAGUACAACGACCAGGAUGCUCAGUACAAGUGGAUUCUCAAGGCUCUCGGAUUGCGGUCGCCGUUCAUCUGGACGUUCUCGAAGAUUCAGUUCAUUCGUACCCUGAUGUCGAAACGAAAGUUGACCAAGCUGGUGGAUGGUGGCGCUGUCACAGGCUGGGAUGACCCACGUUUUCCAACGGUUCGAGGCAUGCGAAGACGUGGAAUGACCAUUCAAGGUCUUCGCGAGUUCAUGGUCAGUCAGGGACCGAGCAAGAACGUCGUCAACAUGGACUGGCACACUAUUUGGACAUUCAAUAAGAAGGUGAUCGAUCCGCUGGCUGGUCGCUACACUGCCAUCGACUCGAAGCAGGUGAAGGCCGUCAUCAAGGGAGUCGGUGAGACCAAAACGGAGGAGAAGCCGAAGCACGCUAAGUAUUCUCUGGGCAACAAGAAGGUAGUGUUCAGCAAGAAUGUUAUCUUUGAGCAGGAGGAUGCACGGACUUUCGAGCAGGAUGAGGAGAUCACCCUGAUGAAUUGGGGCAAUGCAUAUGUUCGAAAGAUCGAGUACGAGUCAACGACCAACGGCGACAUCACAGAUGGUGUCAAGUCGCUAGGCCAUGUGAGGUCAUUGGAGCUGGACCUUCAUCUGGAUGGCGACUUCAAGCUUACCAAGAAGAAAGUUACCUGGCUGUCCACGGAUCAGGAUCUGAUCAACGUUGAGCUGCAUGAGUUCAAGCAUCUGCUCAACAAGGAUAAGCUCAGCGAGGAGGAGGAGGAUCGAUGGGAGGAGUUCCUGGAGGCUGAGACUGACAAAGGACGAGACUGCUGUCGCGGAUUGCAACGUUGCUGA